AUGGAGGGCGGCCCUCUCGCGGGUUUCGCGAGCGGAGACGAGGAGCGCAGCGAAGAAGACGAGACAAGCGCUGCGUCGCUUUCUCGCGCUCCCCCCACAUCUCCGAAUGUCGGCGGCUCGUCGUGCACUGUCCAUGCCUCGGGAAAGGCGUCGGUUCCCCUCUACGAGGGCCCUGACAUCUUUGGAACUGAGGCCUUCGACGCAGUCUGUUGCGUCGACAUCCUCGAUCAGUCGUACAAACCGGAAGUUCGCCGCAUCCUUGCUCUCUGGGGACUUCUGUUGCUGGCGUCGACGAGUCUCCUCCUGGUUGGGUUCUUCGGCGCGUUCCGCUUUCUCCACCGCGAUGGAACCCUCGACUUGACGCACAACCUCUGGAAACAGGAUUUGUUCUGGUCGGCCGUCGUGCAGUUCAUGGUCACCUCCGUUGGCGUCGCCUGCGGCUUCAUUGCCCUCGUCAGCCACACGCAACUGGGCACGUCGUGCGAAGUGCACGCGUUCCAGCGGUUCUUCACGUGGUGUCUCCUGUUCCACCUCGCGGGGGCUCUCUUUUGUUUCGUGGCGGCGAUCAAACUCACCGCUGUCAAUGUUUUUGCGCCUUCAACAACGCCUCUCGCUCACCGCGCGGUCUCUCUCCCACGCGACCACAGGGUCUCGCUUCGCUUCCAGGACACUCCUCCACUUUUCUCUGAGGCAUCAGGCGCCUCCCCUGACGGCUUGUCUCCGAGGGCCGAGCCUGUGGACCCUCUUCCGGGGAAAUCCCACUUCAGAGUCGCGCCGGCGUCUGCCGAACCGUCCGUCGCUGCCUUGUCAUUGUCUUCUCCUUUCGCUCUGUCUCCUUUCUCGGCGAAGCGCGCGCUCGGCUCUUUCCAGUUUUCGCCUCCGUGGCAAAACCCAGAUCGUAGCGCCGCAGCACACUCGGUCGCUCCGACUUCUUCUCGCGGGCGCCAAGGCCCGACGGAUCCGCAGGCAGACGGAGAGGCUCUAGAGCCAAUCGUGAAAUCCGUUUCUCUGCGUUCUAUGGGGACGGAGAGAUUCCGUGUCCCGAGACCGAAUCGUCUUUCAGUCUCGUCCCCGUCGCUGUCUCUUGCCAGAUCUUCCAGUUCCUUUUCUCCUUCCUUUGCAGAGAGGCUCGUCGCCAGGACUGAGCUGUCGAGCGCCAGCAUUAACGCACACAAACUGCGGGCGGCGCCCCCGCCGAGGGAAAGCCCCAUUUACCGAAAAAUGCUGUUUUCGUCUCUAACAGUCAACUUUUUUGAAGCGGUUUUGCAUGCGCUCUGCUUCGUAGCCACCUGGCGCCUCGCUCGGAGACUCGGGAGGCUUUUCGGACUCAAGAUGCCCAGAAUCCCUUUUUGA